UUUGUUCCACUGUGGCAACUGCGGCCAGACCGAACACCGGCAAGCGUGUGAGAGAGGGAGUCAAAUAGAAAGAUAGGGAGACAGAGGAAGUUACCCAGCCCAGAAAAAAUAUUAAAUUAUCAGUCUAAAUACAUAAGGAUAUUGGAAGACAAAAACUAAUUGAAUUUGGGAGAAUACAAAGACUUAAGACGCAAUGAUGACCGAAAUAGAGACGACAGUGCAUUAUAAUAACGGAUUCGGGGAUGAGGAGGACUACAUGAUACAGGAGGAUGAGUGGGACCGGGACAUGUUGCUGGACCCUGCCUGGGAAAAACAGCAAAGAAAGACCUUCACAGCCUGGUGUAACUCCCACCUGAGGAAAGCAGGAACACAGAUUGAGAACAUUGAGGACGACUUUAGGAAUGGCCUCAAACUCAUGCUUCUCUUGGAAGUUAUUUCAGGUGAGAGGUUACCCAAGCCUGACAGAGGGAAGAUGCGUUUUCAUAAGAUUGCCAACGUCAACAAAGCCUUAGAUUUCAUCACCAGCAAAGGAGUGAAACUUGUCUCGAUUGGAGCUGAAGAAAUUGUGGAUGGUAACAUUAAGAUGACACUUGGAAUGAUAUGGACCAUCAUCCUCCGCUUUGCCAUCCAGGACAUCUCUGUAGAAGAAACCUCUGCAAAGGAAGGCCUUCUCUUGUGGUGCCAGAGAAAGACUGCCCCCUACAGGAAUGUCAAUGUCCAGAACUUCCAUGUUAGCUGGAAGGACGGACUGGCCUUCUGUGCCCUGAUUCACAGACACAGGCCUGACCUCAUCGACUACGCUAAGCUCAACAAGGAUGAUCCCAUGGGGAACCUGAACCUGGCGUUUGAAAUAGCAGAGAAGCACCUGGAUAUUCCCAAGAUGCUGGAUGCAGAAGACAUCAUCAACACCCCCAAGCCUGAUGAGAGAGCUAUCAUGACCUAUGUGUCCUGCUUCUAUCAUGCAUUUGCUGGAGCCGAGCAGGCUGAAACGGCAGCCAACAGGAUCUGUAAAGUGCUGGGUGUGAACCAGGAGAAUGAGAAACUGAUGGAGGAAUACGAGAGGUUGGCCAGCGAGCUACUGGAGUGGAUCCGCCGGACCACCCCAUGGUUGGAGAACAGGACUGCAGAGAAGAACAUGGUUGAGAUGCAGAGAAAGCUGGAAGAUUUCCGAGACUACCGCCGCAUGCACAAGCCCCCCAAGGUGCAGGAGAAGUGCCAGCUGGAGAUCAGCUUCAACACCCUGCAGACCAAGCUGCGCAUCAGCAACCGUCCCGCUUUCAUGCCCUCGGAGGGAAAGAUGGUGUCUGACAUAGCCAGUGCAUGGCAGGGGCUGGAGGGGGCAGAGAAAGGCUACGAGGAGUGGCUUCUGACAGAGAUCCGAAGACUUGAGAGACUGGACCACCUGGCUGAAAAGUUUCGCCAGAAAGCCAGCACCCAUGAGACCUGGGCUAAUGGUAAAGAGCUGAUUCUAUCUCAGAAGGACUACGAGACGGCCACCCUGACGGAGGUGCGGGCGUUGCUACGGAAACACGAGUCAUUUGAGAGUGACCUGGCUGCUCAUCAGGACAGGGUGGAGCAGAUCGCUGCCAUCGCACAGGAGCUCAAUGAGCUGGACUAUUAUGAUGUGGCUGCUGUCAACCAGAGGUGCCAGAGAAUCUGUGACCUGUGGGAUCAACUUGGUACACUGACCCAGAAGAGGAGAGAGGCUCUGGAGAGGACAGAGAAGUUGCUGGAAACCAUUGAUCAGUUGUUCCUGGAGUUUGCCAAGAGAUCAGCACCCUUCAACAACUGGAUGGAAGGGGCCAUGGAGGAUCUGCAGGACAUGUUUUUUGUACACACUAUCGAUGAGGUCCAGAGCCUGAUCUCUUCCCAUGAGCAGUUCAAGGCCACCCUCCCAGAGGCAGACGGAGAGAGACAGGCCAUCCUGGGGAUCCACAUGGAGGUGCAGAAGAUCUCCCAGAGCUACGGCAUCAAGGCCAACCUCAUCAACCCCUAUAGCACCAUCACCACCGAGGAACUCCUCGCCAAGUGGGACAGGGUGAAGAAGCUGGUUCCCCAGAGAGAAGGCUCCCUCCAGGAAGAGCUAGCCCGGCAGCAUGCUAGCGAGAGGCUGAGACGGCAGUUUGCUGUCCAGGCUAACCUCAUCGGACCAUGGAUACAGACAAGGAUGGAGGAGAUUGGCCACUGCUCCCUGGAGGUGGGUGGUACCCUGGAGGACCAGAUGACCCAGCUGAAGCAGUUUGAGCACGUCAUCGUCACCUACAAGCCCAACAUCGACAAGCUGGAGGGAGACCACCAGCUCAUCCAGGAGUCUCUGGUGUUUGACAACAAGCACACCAACUACACUAUGGAGCACAUCCGUGUGGGCUGGGAGCUCCUCCUCACCACCAUCGCCCGCACCAUCAACGAGAUCGAGACCCAGAUCCUGACCCGUGAUGCCAAGGGCAUCAGUCAGGAACAGAUGCACGAGUUCCGCUCUUCCUUCAACCACUUUGAUCGGGAGAACACAGGCAAACUGCGUAGUGAGGAGUUCAAGGCCUGUCUGAUCAGCCUGGGUCAUGUGGGCAAUGACCAUCAGAAGAAACACGGGGCGAUGGACACUGAUGACUUUAGGGCCUGUCUGAUCUCCAUGGGUUAUGAUUUGGGUGAAGUGGAAUUUGCCCGCAUCAUGAUGCUGGUAGAUCCCAGUGCCACUGGCAUGGUGUCUUUCCAAUCCUUUAUCGAUUUUAUGACCAGAGAAACCACUGACACAGACACCGCCGACCAGGUCGUGGCAUCCUUCAGAAUCCUGGCAGCCAAUAAGCCCUACAUCCUGGUUGAGGAGCUGAGGAGGGAGCUCCCCCCUGACCAGGCAGAGUACUGUAUCUUGAGGAUGGCCCCCUACAGUGGUCCAGGGGGACCCGCGGGGGCUCUAGACUACACCGCCUUCUCCACUGCCCUCUACGGAGAGAGUGACCUCUAACCCUGCAAGAUGACCCCCAAGAUUGACCUUUUGAUGCCAGCCAACACUUCUGGAUGAAAUCCCCUUUAACCAAACACACUGUAAAAGCAAGGCAAAGUUAGCUAUGUUAGAUUCACAUUAGGUAGAUAUUGUACAUUUGCCUACUAUUGUGUGUCACAGUAGUUUCCCUCAUAUGAGUUAUGCGGUGAAGUGAAGAUAGCAGAUAACAACUGUUCUUCUAAGAAAAAUGAUAUGAUUGUAUAAGCUACAAUAGUUUGAUAUAAUAGAACAGUUGACUACAGUAAUAGCAGCAGUUGGAUAUGUAGCUAGAACAGAAAAAUAGCAGCCUAAUAGUAAACAUUGUGUCCUCAUCUCCUGUUAGUGCCUCAUCAGGAACUAACAUACAGUAUGAGUUCUGAUUGGGAAUAAGAGUGGUAUAUGAUGAUCCAAACAUCAGGAUUAUGAUUAUUUAAAUGUUGGGAUAUCCGUUUGCUGAUUUGUGAGAUUAGAUCUGGACUAUUUUAGCAAAAGCUUGAUUGAAAUGACAGUAAAGUAUGCCAUUUAAGUAUCAUAAUAGGUUCUAUGAUAGCACACUGAUAACUGUGUAAGGUUAUCAAGUGUGCCUCUCAUACUCCAUUCUAAAAAAGUAAUGACCAACAUGUUGUUUAUGUCAACAAAAUGUACUUGUGAUAUAAUCAUAGCACAUGAUGCCUGCUCUAUGCUAACUUUUCUCGCAAGUUACCCAAUAUAAAUGAAGAACAGUUUG